AUGACACGACUGCGUGGCUACAGCUUCCCCCCACUGUUAAUCAAUGGGUAUUAUAACUACUUAUGGGUAUACCAUAGAACUCAGACAUCUGAGGCCUACUUCCUGACACCAGAAGAAAAAGCACAUGGUCUCCAAGAGCUCCAGGCAUUGGGAUGGACUGAAGUCAGUGAGAAAAAUGCCAUCUACAAAGAAUACAAAUUCAAAACCUUUAACCAGGCAUUCGGAUUCAUGACGCGUGUGGCCCUGCAAGCAGAGAAAAUGAAUCACCACCCAGAAUGGUUUAAUGUGUACAACAAGGUUCAGAUAACUCUGACGACACAUGACUGCGGAAGACUGACCAAGAAAGACCUUAAACUCGCCCAGUUUAUUGAAAAAGCUGCCACAUCAUGAAAGAUUAGUAAAGGGAAGAUACUUCUGAAGCCUUUUAGUUUUGUAUGAGUUACAUGGAUUUGUCUGGACAAACAGCACAAGAUGCAAGUUGCUCUCAUGUUUCGAUUGGCCCCCUGUACUGAUAGUUACCAAACACAUUUGAAUAAAUCAAAAUCAAAAACUGUACUGAAUGCCUAAAAUGCUUUUUUAAUAGCAAUUCGGCAAUCCAGGGGACUAUAAAUAUAAAGUCAUUUACACAAUAUCUACGCUGUAAAUAUUAACAAACAGAUUCAGAUAUGUUCUUCCUCGCUUGUAUGAGAAAUCACUGAUGCUAUAUCAUCUCACACCCCUGGGAUACAGAAGUCUUUGUAGUGAUGGAUAUAAAGGGUAUACUUAAGCAAUCUACAUUAUC